GGGAUGAAGCCUUGAAUUCGUUUCCUUGCCAAUUGACACCUGACAUGGGUUGUCUUUCCCUUAUCCCUUCCGUUUCUUUUACAAGGAAAGCCACCCAAGAUACGCAGAGCACAACUCAUAGCUAGGUUUAUAAAGAAUGACACAUCCUCUUACACGUGUCUCCUUUUAUGCUUUCUGUCUCUCCGUCUCUUUAAAUUGAGAAAUAUGGAAAAUCAAGAAAACAACAAAAUCCCAUCAACAGAAGAAUAAACAAUGCAAUGCCAAAACGAUAAUAACUAUGAAAUUCCAUCUCCAAAACAUCAUCACCAAAGGGAAGAAGGCAAUGACCAUGAAGAAGAAGAGGAUUUCCUUGGUCAGUUUCAGUGCCCUGUUUGCCUGGACCUACUUUACAAGCCAGUUGUUUUAGCAUGUGGCCACAUUUCAUGCUUCUGGUGUGUAUUUCGUUGCAUGAAUGGCUUUCGCAAGUCACACUGUCCAAUUUGUCGGCACCCAUUUAAUCACUUCCCACGUGUGUGUCAAUUGCUGGAUUUCUUACUUAUGAAGAUUUGCCCUAUAGCCUAUAAGACAAGGGAAGGAGAAGUGGAAGAAGAAGCAAAGAAAUUUGGCCUUUUCUCACCAUAUUGUUUUUCUUUAGGGAAUGUUCCAGAGGCAAAUCACAACCAUAACAUCUACCGCAACACCAACCACACCCUAAUAAUAUCUGAAGGCACUGCGAAUGCAGCCAUCAAAAGUUGCAACUUGAUUAGGACAGGGCUUGAACAUGGAAUUCAAAAGGCCUCUGUUGCUGACUUGCUGUGUGCUGAAUGCAAGAAACUACUGUUUCGACCAGUGGUUCUUAAUUGUGGCCAUGUGUAUUGUGAAUCUUGUAUCACCAACCCCAUGCAAGGAAUUCCUAGGUGUCAGUUUUGUCAAAGUUCGCAUCCAAAUGGGUUCCCGGGUGUUUGUUUCGUUCUAGAGAAUUUUUUGGAGGAGCACUUUUCUGAAAUUUAUGCAGGGAGACGAGAAGGUUCAACACAAGCUCAACAACUAGCUCCACGGUCAUCACCAGUACCUUCUAAGGUUUAUUCACCAUGGAUAUUUGGCAAUGGACCAAAGGUUCACAUUGGAGUUGGGUGUGAUUCUUGUGGGAUGUUGCAGAUAAUUGGGGAAAGGUACAAAUGCAAAGACUGUUGGGAGGAAAUAGGGUUUGAUGUGUGUGAAGCAUGCCACAACAAUCCCUCCUACAUCCCAGGCCGAUUUAAUCAGCAGCAUGAACCAGAGCACCAUUUUGAGAUUGUGCAGCCACAGGGCAAUGUUGAACAUGUACACAUGCAGGAUCUUGAUCAGUCUGAUUUUCCAGAAGAUGAAGAUGAUGAUGAACAUGAUUUUCUUGCUCCAGUCCUGUUAGAUGAUGUUUUACCGGAUGUAGAAGAUGGCUCUAAUGGUAUGGUAGAUGUUUCUGCUUUGGUUUUGUCAAAUGAUGCUGCACCAGAUCAAGAAGAUGGUCCUGAUGUCUCCUAGGUCAGCUUUGACUGGAGAAAAAUCGACAAGGUACCACCGCCAACGCUAGUUUGCUAGGUGAGAAUGAUGUGAUGAUAGAAGAAGCGUGAUAAAGGAAAACGAUAGUUAAAAGAGAAAUACAUUUAUCGUAAACGCUCUGUGCAUACACAUGAAAACCUCACAGAGGGAUUUAGCCUUGGUAUAAAAAUGCAUGUUCCCAAU